GGUUACUGCCGGUUUCAGGAAUUGCAGCAAUGUCAGCCCACGUUCGAAUUCAGAGCUGCUUCUUGCUCCUCUGGUUGUUUUACCCAUUCCUCUGCCCUGUUAGAGCAGCAGCCUAUCACCUUGAUAAAGUUUUAAGCAUCAUUGAGGAGUUGGAAGGGCAUGAUCCUGAGUUGACUAUUCUUGACCUGGCCACUGCGCUACGAAAACUGCGUACCUCUGACCAGGAUUAUCACCAUCUCCUUCUCGGUGACAGCUCAGCCCCCUCUGCCUCCCUGCGACCUCUCUCUGAAGACCAGCUGUCUUUUAUGAAAGAUGUCAUGAACCACAAAGUCAGCUCUUCAGUUGAGCGCGGUGUAGUCCUCACUCCAGACGGAACAACAAUCGCCAUGGCGAAUGUGAUCGGGGGGCUUGAAGCUGGAUUGAAAAGGAAAAAAGACUGCACUUGGCCAGAUGUGGCUGGAGACCUCCCAGUUGAUAACCUUUACGCCCUGACAUUGACCAGAGAGCUAGGGUUAGCAAUUGUGGCCCAUCACUUGAACAGCAGCCAGGUGUUACUGGGACCCAAUGGUUGCUGGGACAAUGUGAUUUCUCCUCAGGUUUUCACUGGGCUCGGUCCCUCAUCUCUUGCCACAGAUGCUGUGAUUAAUGGAGGCAUGGAUGGCUUUAUCCUAGGGCAUCUCUUAACGCAGUUCCAAGGCCCAUUACUGCCCAAACUCAGUGCUGUGUUGAGGGAUUACUACGGCGAGGAACAGGGGCAGAUCAGCUUUAAGGCCAAUGCCCGUCGAAAGAAUUUUAAAUCAAAAAUUGACCUCAGUACUUUUACCAAUCAGGUCAUAAGUGCACUUUACCUUUACGACUACAUCAGGAAUGAUUCCGUUCUCCAAUACCUCAACGAUAGUGUCCUCAGAAGAAUUUCUGAGCAAGGAGUUGAACAGUUUCAUCAUCGCUAUCUCGAAUGUCCUGCCAUUAUUCCUCGAUGCCUGUGGGAUGCCAGACCGUACAAAGGUACUCCGGUGAACCUAGUGCUGCCACUGCGUUUUGUCUACAUUCACCACACCUACGAGCCCAGCCAGCCCUGCACCAGGUUCCGGGAUUGUGCAGCAAACAUGAGAAGCAUGCAGCGGUUCCACCAGGAUGAUCGUCAAUGGGACGACAUCGGCUACAACUUUGUUGCAGGCUCUGAUGGAUACAUCUAUGAAGGGCGUGGAUGGUUCUGGCAAGGAGCUCAUACCAAAGGGCAGAACUCUAAGGGGUAUGGAGUCAGUUUCAUUGGUAACUACACCUCCGAGCUCCCAGGCCAGGCAGCAAUGGAACUAGUCAAAGAGAAUUUCAUGAGGUGCGCUGUUACUAACAACAGAAUCAUUAGUGAUUACAUCAUCCAAGGCCAUCGGCAACACAGACCAACUCUGUGCCCAGGGGAAAGGCUCUUCAAUGAAAUCAAGACCUGGGAGGCAUUCAAGGAGGUCGAACAAGCCAAUGGAACCACUGCUGGGUUGUAACCUCUGGAGAACAACCCGUACAGAGAAGGUCAGGAGAUCGUGAAACAUGAAGACCAGUUCACAAACGAGGAAGAGCUACUUAGACAGUCAUGGCUGCACAAAUAAAUUCUAAUAUGUCACUUAUCCACUUUACUCAAUAUGAAUUAGUUAAUACCUGUUUAUGAUUUUAAAAUUUGG